CGAAGGCAAAAUUGAAAUUGAAAAUGAAAAUAAAGAAAUGAAAAUGCCUCACCAAAACCCAACACAGCGACGUCGUCUCAGUGUCUUACACUCCUGAACGAAACCACACGCCACACGUUCUCUAACACUAGCACCACCGCCACCGUGCCGGAGCAUAAUGAAGCACCGAACAUGGCCACGCGCCUCCUCUUCCUCACCCUUCUCCUCUUUCCCCUUCCCAACCGACACCCCGUCCUCUUCCUCGGCCGCGAAACACACUCGUUUUGUUCGUCGCUGCUCCCACAGCCACCCUCCUCCCUUGCCGGCUGCACCUUCCGACGUCGGCGCUGGCUUCUCGGCGCUACCGUACGACGUGAUGGCGAAGAUAGCAGCGUCGUUCGAUGACCCAACCCUGAAGGCGGCGUCGGUGGUGUGCCGGUCGUGGUGGGAGGCGUUGCGGCCGCUGAGAGAGGCGAUGAUGCUGCUCCGGUGGGGGAAGAAGUUCAAGCACGGAAGCCCACGGGUGAAACAGAACGCAGAAAAGGCACUGGAGUCGUUCGAGAAGGCGGCGGCGCGUGGGUCUGCACUCGCCAUGGUGGACGCCGGGCUCAUGUAUUGGGAGAGAGGGGAGAAGCAGAGAGCCCUCGAUUUGUUCCUGAAAUCUGCGGAGCUCGGAAACCAUGCCGCACAGUGCAAUUUAGGGAUUUCGUAUUUGCAAGCUGAACCUCCAAAGACUGAGGAAGCUAUAAAAUGGUUGCGGAAAGCCUCCGUUGGUGGGAAUGCUCGUGCCCAGUACCAACUUGCACUCACUCUGCAUCGAAGUUGUGGGACCAAGAGCAAUAUGAAAGAAGCUGCAAGAUGGUAUCUGAAAGCUGCAGAAGGAGGGUAUGUGCGAGCCAUGUAUAAUAUCUCCUUAUGCUACUCUUUUGGGGAUGGCUUGACACACAGUAAUCAAUUGGCAAGAAAAUGGAUGAAGCGGGCUGCAGAUCGUGGUCACAGUAAAGCUCAGUAUGAGCAUGGACUGGCUCUCUUCUCGGAGGGAGACAUGAUGAAAGCUGUGGUAUACUUGGAACUUGCUACUCGGGCUGGUGAAAGAGGUGCUUCUCAUGUCAAGAAUGAAGCUUCACACCGGCUUUCAGCAGCUUCACGUGAUCAUGCCAUGCAUCUCGCUGACAGCUGGCGUGCUCUGCCAUCAAAAUAAGUCAAAUCAGCAGCAGUCAACCCCUUUAAGUGUAAAAUCAACAGAGACAUUCUAAAGCAUAAGAACAAAGAAAGCUGUAGCUGAGCAAGCGGCAAGCUAUGCUUACUAAUCCCAAACAUAAGUGUUCUUCCCAUGUAUAAUAGAUAACUUCCUAGCUAGUGCUCUGGCACGUACAAAGCAUACUAUAUCAGUAUAUCAAGAUGUAAAAUUAAAAAUGGAAUAAUUUAUUUUCACACGUUGAACUUGUCAAAAUUCAGUUUCACACGUCUGCGUAUACUCUGAUGGGUGGUGUUAUGUAUAGGCUGUCAUGGAAGAUUGCAGUUUCAUAUUGACCUGAAUCAUAUAUAGAAGCAUUAUAAUGUUGUAGUCAACAUUUACACUUCUGCUCUUCUGGGUAUGUAAUUAGGAGUCUAACCAUUACGUGAAAGUUCCAUACAUUUGAUGCAUAGUCGCAUAGAUUGGAAUGGCCAGAGAUUUGAAUGCAGAAAAUUUAUGCGUGUUGUUCACUA